CCAAGAACUCACUCAUGCCACCAGAUGGAAUGAUGAACGACACGUUACAGAGGCGCAGUAAUGACUUCAAGAAUUUUCCGUUUCUCAACGCUGAGGAGUUUGCAGAAGUCUGUCAUCAGCUUGACCGGCGAUAUUCUCAGGCGACCCUCGGCCCAGUGAGACGGCGAUGGAAAUUGAGAGUGUGCAGGGCGCUGGAUAUUUCAUUUUUGAGCUCGGCAGAGUACACGACAUUUGUCCAGAUCAUCCGGCCGCUUGACGGCGAGCUUGACGAUGGAGACCUUUCAGCAUGCCUCGAUAACUUCUCCUUCGGCGAGGACAUCACAAACACGACAGGGACAGAGGAUCAGGAGAUGAUGGAGACAGAAAAUGAUCCGGCAGUCAUCCAGAAGACGCAAAAGGCACCAGACUUCGGCUAUGUCACAUACGAGAUUCACCUCCAUCCAACAUAUCAGGCCCCUUGUCUCUGGUUCAGCCUCCACGGGCUACCAGUGGAUGAGCCGGCCUUCAGUAUCGACACAGUCUUCCGCCGUCUCGUUCCAGACCAGUACAAAGACGGCCUCCGGAAGGUUGGAAAUAUCGGUGGCAUAUCAGCGGACCAUCACCCCGUCACGGGAGUCCCCAGCUUCUUCGUCCACCCAUGCCUCCUUGGCGAUGCCAUGUCGAACUUCGACUGCUCCAAGGAAGAUUACCUCAUGGCAUGGUUGGGUCUGACUGGCGGGUGCGUAGGAUUAUGGGUGCCAAAAGAAAUGGCGAUGGGGUGAACCGAAUGCGGGGACCGCGUAUAGAUUCCGUCACGGCCUUUGUUGCCGUAGAGCUUGCAAAGAAUGGGUGUUCACGGGUCCCUCACUCGUCGUCGCUGUCUUCCUCCAUAGCCACAUCACUAUCUUCGUCAUCCUCCUCUUCCUCCUCACGGGCACGCUUCUGGCCCCUGUUCUCGGGGUCUGCAGACGCAGUCGUCGGUUUCGAGGGGAGGCCUGACGGCGCUGUUGGUUCUGCCGCGGGAGCCGAUCCAGGGACAGGUGCAUUGAAGAUGCUCUGCUGCAGAUCGGUCAUCCCUGCGGCUUGUGAUGUUGCUGUCGAGGGCAACUUAAAGGUACCGUCGAGUUUCGCAACGACAUUAGACUUGGAUUUCGCGUACGAUACUUUCUGUGGCGUGCAUGAGCUUGUUAUUCCAAUAACAUGUGUGU